AUGCCCUCCCUUUCACCCGACAUCAGUGACGACCCAGACGCCGGUGGGCCCCUCAGCCCUUCCCGAAGGACCCGUUACAACCCGGGUUUCUCCCGGAGCAACUCCUUCCUCAAUUCCCCGACCGCCACCAGGUUGUUCUCCGGCUCCGCCAACUCUCCUUCCCCGCCUUCUUCCUCUUCCUCUCUCACCUCCUGGUUUGGGCUUGGGCCGGAUUCCGGCAGGAAGAAGAGGAAAUGGAAAGUCUGGCUUCACCGUCACCUGGGCCUGCUCCUGAUUGUUACCUUCGUGCUUGUUUUUUUCCUUGUGAAUUCCUGGAUGCUUCUUCGGAUCCGGGAUUCGGGCCAGCCCGGUUCUGCCAAGAUUAAGUUCAAGUUCUUGAAAAUGAAUGCUUCAACUGUAUCCAUCAAGGAGGAACUUCUGAAGCUUGGUAGAGGAAAAAAGCCACAUAAAACUAUCUAUGCUAGGUUGUUGGCAAAGGCUGCCCAUGCCUUAGCUGAGGGGCACGAUAAACCAGAGCCAAAGGACCUGUGGGUGGAACCCUACCUUCUUGCUUCUUCCUGGAAACCUUGUGCUGAUCAGCGUGACUGGAAUCCUAAUGAAGGUACUUAUGGUUAUAUCAUGGUCACUGCAAAUGGUGGGAUAAACCAGCAGCGAGUUGCUAUAUGCAAUGCUGUUGCUGUUGCUAGAUUACUUAAUGCAGUACUUGUUCUCCCUGAGUUAAUGUACAGCAGUGUGUGGAGAGAUGCAAGCCAGUUUGGCGAUAUCUAUCAGGAGGAGUAUUUUAUCAACUAUUUGAAGCCUGAUGUUCAGAUAGUAAAGGAACUUCCAAAGGAGUUGCAGUCACUGGAUCUGGAUGCUAUCGGCAGUGUGGUGUCAGAUGUAGAUAUAAUGAAAGAGGCCAAACCAGGUUUUUACAAAAAGCACAUCCUUCCUAUCUUACUCCGUAAUAGAGUGGUGCAUUUUGUUGGAUUUGGGAAUCGUUUGGCAUCAGAUCCAAUACCAUUCCAGGUGCAGAGACUUCGAUGCAGGUGUAAUUUCCACGCUCUGAGAUUCAUUCCAAAAAUACAAGAAACUGGAGCGUUACUCAUUCAACGAAUGCGUCAAAAUGUGACUCGACUGGGGCCAUUGGAUAACCAACUUCUUGGUUCAUUUGCAAAAAUGGAAAACAGGACUCGAAAACCUCAGGCAAAAAAAGUUUCCAAGUAUCUGGCUUUGCAUUUGAGAUUUGAAAUUGACAUGGUGGCACAUUCAUUAUGUGAAUUUGGUGGAGGUUCUGCUGAGCAACAAGAACUAGAAGCUUACCGUAGAGAACACUUCCCUGGCUUAGUGGAGAUAACAAAGACUAGAAAGAUACCUUCCCCAGAAGAACUUAGAGCAGAAGGUUUAUGUCCAUUGACGCCUGAGGAGACGGUACUUAUGCUUGCAGGCCUUGGUUUUAACCGUAAAACACGCAUAUAUCUAGCUGGAGCACAUAUUUAUGGAGGGAAAUCAAGAUUGGCUGCACUUACUACGUUGUUUCCUAAUUUGGUUACCAAAGAGAACCUGCUUUCUUCAACUGAGAUUGAACCAUUUAGGAAUUAUUCAUCCCAGUUAGCAGCUCUAGACUUUAUCGUGUGCACAGCAGCCGACAUGUUUGCCAUGACAGAUUCAGGAAGCCAAUUUUCGUCUCUGGUGUCUGGUUACAGGAUAUAUCAUGGAGGGGGGAAAAUGCCCACGAUUCGGCCUAAUAAACGCAGACUUGCUGACAUUUUUGUAAGGAACAACACCAUAGAAUGGAGGGUUUUUGAACUUAGAGUGAGAAAAGCUAUCAGACAAACGAAAAGGGUAUUUUCACGUCCUAUAGGGCGCAGUGUGUAUAGAUAUCCUAGAUGUCAAGAGUGCAUGUGCGAUACUGAUGUAUUUUUAACCUAA